CACGUGGUUUCAAUCUUGCCUGCAGAGUAGAGCGUACUGCUCGCAUAGAGCUAUCAACUGAACAGAGAUGAUGUCUGGAGCCUACACUGACCCUAGUGAGACGGAUUAUAUUAAAGCAAAACUUCAUUCCAUUAUGGAUUAUGUAAAUGAGUUACAAUUGUGUUACGAUGAGAUGCUGGAGUCCUUUGGUCAGUUUGAAGUGUCAGCCAAUGAGAGGAUCAAAGCAUUUGAAGAGAAACUUGUUAAUGCUGUAAACUAUGCAAAAAUAAAAGAGUCUGAAGUGAGCGAGCUAUUGGCAUUGCAUAAUGAGAUGUCCCAUGAGUUGAGAAGAGAGGAAAGAAUACAACACAAUCAAACUGAGCAGCUGCUACUGAUAGAAGAAGAACUAAAAGAAGCUAAAGAGACAAUUGAAAAGCUGUAUACUGAACUGAAGAAAGUUGAUGGAAAGAAACUUAAAGUGUUAGAUUAUGAUAUCGAUGAAAUAUCGUACGUGAAUAAGCUCUGUGAGACUAUCAAAGAGCUAGAGAUUAAAAAUGACAAGCUACAGCUAGAAAGGAAGCAUGAUAAGAAAGAGAUAAGUAUUCUCAAUGAUGAAAUUCGAUUACUACAAUCACAAAAAGAUAGUCUCACUAGCACAAUUGAGAAUCUUCAGUCAAUGUAUGAUGAAGUUAGUGAACAACUUAAGUCAAAGUGUGACAGUGCUGUGGAGAAAAACGUCAUACUGACACAACAGCUUGCGGAUAGUAACAGACAACUCAAGUGUGCCAGGAAACGUUCAUCAGAGAUGGAAGCUCACUAUAAGAGGUCAUUUGAAAAGGUACAGGAAGAGAUUGAUGUACUGAGAAAGACAGGAAAAACACAACAAAGUAGUGAUAGGAGAGCCACGCAUAAGCGAUUGCAAGUGUUAACGCAGAAGGUCUCACACUUAGAGGCAGAGCAAGGCACUGCAGCAAGGAAACUGCAAGACACAGAGAAUGUCCUGGCAUCUGUUGAGCAAGAGAAAAGAGCUCUCCUUCAUAAAUUGAGUACAUUGGAAGAGCAGUACAGUAUAUUACUUAGAAAUAAUUCUCAGCAGAAGUUGGAGCUCUCUCAUUAUCACUCAAAACUUAAGCAGCAGCACAACCAGUACUUUACUCUAAAGAAAGAAUAUGAUGGAUUGGUUAGUCGUGUUACUACUACCUCCAUUAGUAAUGAGUGUCCUAGUCUAAGUCCUGAAGAUGAUUUAAAAGAAUCACAAAAGGACAUAUACUGUCAUGAAAGGCCUGAAUCAUGAGCUCCCAUAGAAUCCAGCUUUUGACUAUUUUCUUUUCAUCACAGGACAGUAAUAAAUUUUUGAGUAUUAACCUAGACACAUUGCUCUACUCUUCUUAUUGUUGUUAUCUUGUUUCAUUUAUAAAAUAAUAA